AUGACCACAUCUAAGCUCAUUGUUGUCGUUGGUGCAACAGGAGGGCAAGGCGGCUCUGUUGUCGAGACAUUUCUCAAAGAUCCUACAUGGCUUGUUCGUGGCAUCACCCGAAACCCUUCGAGCCCAAGAGCAAAGACUCUCCAAUCCCGUGGAGUAGAUAUGGUACGGGCAGAUUUGAACGACCAGGUGUCUCUUGCAAAAGCCUUCCGAGACGCCAAUGUCAUCUUCGCCAUCAGUGACUUCUGGGGCAUUUACAGCGAAUCUGAUGACACCGACAAACCAGAGCCUGGCUCACUAUUCAACGAAUGGGUUAAACAAAAGGAAACUCAGCAACUCAAGAGUAUCAUUGAUGAAGCUGCCAAAAUCACGAGCUUGGAACGAUUCGUUAUCUCAUCACUGCCAAAUGUGACCAAAUUGACAGACGGAAAGUACACCGAGGUCUGUCACUUUGACUCAAAAGCCAAUGCAGUUGAAUACGGUGAACGACACCAGCCAGAUCUUUGGUCCAAGACGAGUGUGUUCGUUCCAGGCUACUUCUUGAGAAACUUCCUCAGUCACCCAAUGUCACAGCCCACAAAGGGAGACAACGGCUGUGUACAAUUUUCAACUAACCUGGAUCUCGACAACAAACUACCAUUCAUUGUACAUGAUGAAGAUUCUGGACCCUUUGUAAAAUCUUUAGUUCAAAACGGCCCAAAUAAGGGUGUUAUCGGAUACCGAGCUUGGUUGACAUUCCGACAAUUUGUCGACAUAUUCAGCAACGUGACAGGAUAUGACACAGAGAUAUUGAAAUUUCCACUUGGACAGUUCACCUGGGACUGCGAGCCCGAGUUGAGAGACGAGUUUCGUGAAACAUUUGCCUUUGUCAACGAGGUCGGGCUACACGGCGGUGAUAACGCAGGAUAUAUCCACCCUUUUACUCUUGAGACACCUCCAGAUGUUCAGAGUAUCGAGGCUUGGAUCAGCGAGCAAAACUGGGAGAAAGUACUGGGGUCCUGA